GAUUUGCUGCUAGAGCGUCACGCAAUACCCAGGUGGAGUAUAUUCGCGGUGAGCAAUAUCCAAGGCCAUGUGGUCGCCACACACCCCGUGGAUGGAAUUUGGAUUUUAGCUCUUGGAUGGGACGCAUCCACGGCCUUGCGUCGCUGGCCCUCUCCUUUUUGCCAGCUUGGGGUUGCUUUGCUUGCACCUUCCAUCGUUAAGUCUUUUCUCAGUCCAUCUAUAUUCCUAUUCCGUCUUGCAAUCGCCACCCACUGUGGUUCUCUGUUUAUAAUUCCCUGACGGAAGUUAUGUGUUGAGCUCGUUCACAGGUUAAGUGGGAGAGCGUGUGUGUGCGAGGUUCUGGAUUAGGCUGAGCGGUUUUCGUGGAGAGUAGGGAGUGAGGUAUGGCGAUGGUGGUGGACGUAGGAGCGCUGGCUACGACUGCUGCCGCUGCCGUCGUGUGCAAGUGCAAGUAUGGGGUCUCAUCGUCGACUUCGUGCGCGCCAUCCUUGGUGGGAAUGGGAGCAGGGCAUACGUUGCCAGUAUCUCGUGGGCUUAGGAGGGUGAACAUGACUGCCAAGCGAUUUGAGCCCGUUGGGUUUCAGGCACGGUCGUCUGGUUCGAUUGGAAUUGUUGCCGAAGUUCAGGAGGCUGCUAGUCCAGUAUUCGAAUCACCUGCCAAAGGCUCAAGUGAUGACACCAUUCAGCAGUUUCUGAAGAGGGACUAUAAAUAUGGAUUCGUGAGUGACAUAGAGUCGGUUUCGAUUCCCAAGGGUUUGUCGGAGGAGACAGUUAGAUUGAUUUCAGCGAAGAAAAACGAGCCCGAAUGGAUGCUGAAUUUUCGGUUAAAUGCUUUUAAGCAGUGGCAGAAAAUGAAGGAGCCUACAUGGUCUGAUAACAAGUAUCCCCAGAUCGACUUUCAAGACGUCUGCUAUUACACAGAGCCGAAGAAGAAGGAAACAAAACAGAGUCUUGAUGAGGUGGACCCCGACCUUCUUGAGACUUUCGCCAAGUUAGGAAUUCCGCUGAGCGAGCAAAAACGUCUUGCCAAUGUGGCUGUGGAUGCCGUGUUCGAUAGUGUUUCUAUUGCCACCACUCACAGGAAGACCCUCAUGGCCGCGGGAGUAAUUUUUUGCUCCAUCUCGGAAGCUAUUCGGGAGUAUCCAGAUCUUGUGAAGAAAUACCUUGGAAAAGUGGUUCCUGUGGCCGACAACUACUACGCCGCAUUGAAUUCUGCAGUGUUCAGUGAUGGCUCCUUCUGCUAUGUUCCGAAGGACACGGUCUCCCCGAUGGAAAUCUCUACAUAUUUCAGGAUCAACGCCAUGGAAACUGGACAAUUCGAGAGGACUCUCAUCGUUUGCGAUGAAAAUGCAUAUGUGAGCUACUUGGAGGGGUGUACUGCCCCUGCAUAUGACAAGAACCAGCUACAUGCCGCAGUAGUGGAGCUGUACUGUGCAUCUGGUGCAGAAAUCAAGUAUUCUACUGUGCAGAAUUGGUAUGCAGGUGACUCGGAGGGCAAGGGAGGGAUUUAUAAUUUUGUCACAAAGCGAGGGUUGUGCGAUGGAGCGAGGUCUAAAAUUUCAUGGACGCAAGUGGAGACAGGAUCAGCUAUUACAUGGAAAUACCCCAGUGUUGUGUUGAAGGGUGAUAAUUCCAUUGGGGAAUUUUACUCAGUUGCUUUGACUAACAAUAAGCAACAGGCUGACACGGGUACUAAGAUGAUUCACGUCGGCAAGAACACGCGGAGUCGGAUUGUGUCAAAGGGUAUUUCGGCAGGGAACUCGGUCAAUUGCUACAGAGGCCUUGUCCAGGUUCAACCCUCAGCUCAUAAUGCCAGAAAUUUCUCACAAUGUGAUUCUAUGCUUAUUGGAGAUCAAGCUGGAGCUAAUACUUAUCCAUAUAUUACAGUGAAAGACCCAUCUGCCAGAGUGGAGCAUGAAGCUAGUACUUCAAAAAUUGGUGAAGAUCAGCUGUUCUAUUUUCAACAGAGAGGAAUUGAUGCAGAAAAAGCUGUGGCUGCCAUUAUUGGAGGGUUCUGCAGGGAAGUCUUCAAGGAGCUUCCUCUUGAAUUUGCUGCUGAGGUCAAUCAAUUGAUGAGCUUGAAGUUGGAGGGAAGCGUUGGUUAAGUUUGUACACUAGGUAUUCUGAAAACAUGUAUACAACGUAGUUUGUUAUGUAGCUGGAGAGUCCCUCGGUCCUACUUAUCAAGGAGUCUCCUGCUCUGCUGACGACCCAAGUCCUGGUCCGAGUCCGUGUAUUUUAACAUGGCUAGAUUCAGGUUUUAUUAAUGUCGACAGUGGAGUAAAUUGAUUGCGGAGAGGUAUUGAAAGGUUGUGCAGCUGCGCAAUGUACAAAUGAAACCUUGCAUUCAUGCUUUAGCUUUUGGGUUUCACAACAUCAAUGAUACUGAGAUUGUAUUGCCUUAUUUCCAGUUGACAUGAAUUAAUGCAUUUAAGUAAUCUGCUAUUAAAACA